UGCUCCACCGGGGUGAAGGCCACCAAGCAAUUCCUGGAAGAGAUCAACAAAUGGACCACUCAGUACAAUGUCUCUCCUCUUUCCUGGAACAUGGCUGUCAAAUUCCUCAUGGCCAGAAAAUUUGACGUCCUCCGAGCCAUUGAACUCUUCCACUCCUACAGGGAAACGAGGUUCAAGGAAGGAAUCGUGAAACUCAAACCUCACGAGGAGCCGUUGAGGUCAGAACUCCUGAGUGGAAAAUUCACCAUCCUGAGUAUGCGGGAUCCCUCCGGAGCGUCCAUUGCUCUCUUCACCGCGAAGUUGCACCAUCCCAAUAAAAGUGUCCAACACGUGGUACUCCAGGCCCUGUUCUACCUGCUGGACAGGGCAGUGGAAAGCUUUGAAACUCAACGGAACGGCCUGGUGUUUAUCUACGACAUGGCAGACUCUCACUAUUCCAACUUUGAGCUGGAUCUCAGCAAAAAGAUCUUAAACUUGUUGAAGGGAGCCUUCCCCGCGCGCCUGAAAAAGGUCUUCAUCGUAGGAGCCCCGAUGUGGUUUCGAGUUCCUUAUUCCAUCAUUAGCUUGUUGCUUAAAGAGAAAUUACGAGAAAGGGUCCAGAUGGUGAAAAUGUCGGAGCUGAGGCAGCACCUGCCCCACGAAUGCCUCCCCGAGUACCUGGGAGGGUCCCUCAAGCUGGACCCCCUCAGCUGGAACUGCCGGUUCCUCCCGCAGCAAAACGGGCACCCGGACCCGCUAGAUGAGCUGAUCCUAGUCCCCCUGGCUCCCCCUCGGGACAACGGUUCCGUGCACGUCCCGGGGCCCAAGUCCAUGACUCUUCCGGAGCUGCUGGAGCACUUCAACCAGAAGCAGAAGCGAGGGAUUUACGAGGAGUAUGAAGGCAUUCGGCACCGGAGCCCCACUGGCACCUUUGGGUGUUCCCUGGCACCUUUGAACCAGGAGAAAAACCGAUAUGGGGAUGUCCCCUGCCUUGAUCAAACCAGGGUGAAGUUGUCCAAACAGUUCAACUAUCAGGAGAUGACCGACUACAUCAAUGCAAGUUUCAUGGAUGGGUACAAGCAAAGGAAUGCUUAUAUCGGCACUCAAGGGCCGUUAGAAAACACAUACAAUGACUUCUGGAGGAUGGUGUGGGAACAGAACGUACUGGUGAUCGUAAUGACCACAAGGAUUGAAGAAGGAGGCAAGCGGAAGUGCGGCCAAUACUGGCCACUGGAGAAGGACUUCCAGAUCGGCUAUGGAACCUUAACGGUUACCAACCUUGGAACAGAGAACCUCAGCCAUUACAAGAAGACACUUCUGGAGAUGUUCAGCUGUGAGAACCGUGAGAGACGCCGUGUGACCCACUUCCAGUACGUGAGCUGGCCCGACUACGGGGUCCCUUCCUCGGCAGCGACCCUCAUCGACUUCCUGGGAGCCGUCAAACAGCAGCAGAGAGUCGCCGUCAGUGCCUUGGGACCACGCUACAAAGGUCACCCGGGCGGGCCACCCAUUGUAGUACACUGCAGUGCCGGUAUCGGGAGGACAGGUACUUUCUGCGCACUGGAUAUUUGUCUGUCUCAACUGCAAGAUGUGGGUACCCUCAACAUUUACCAGACGGUGGUGCGGAUGAGGAGCCAGCGCGCCUUCAGCAUCCAGACCCCCGAGCAGUAUUACUUUUGCUACUUGGCCAUCCUUGAGCAGGCGUACAGAGAAAAUCUCCUCCCUUCCUCCCAUCCCAGGAAGGGUCCGGAGAAGAGCUAAUGCGGAGGUCUAGAUGAGAGGCUCACCAUGUCCUCAGGUCAGGUCUGGAAACUCAGCCAGGCCUCAGCCACAGGAGGAAGUACUCCUUCCUUCCUUCCUUCCUUCCUUCCUUCCUUCCUUCCUUCCUCUUUCUCAUCUUCCUUCCUUGUCUUCCUUCCUUCCUUCUUCCUUCC